CAGCUCGCUCGCGCUCAGCCUGGCGGGUACGCGCCUCAGUGACAGUUGGGGAUGGCGGGCGAUUUGAACAUCAGUGAGGGAAACCCGGCUGGGGCACGCGGCUGUCUGUUCCCAUAGAGAGCGGCGGCGGCCGGGCCGGGAUUGGCGUUGCCAUAGGGAAUCGGUGCAGAGCAGUGACUGUAGUAAUAGUGAGGAGGGGGUCCGGGUGUCCUCAGUGCGGGGGUCUUCUCUCCUAGCAGACGGGCUGUGUGUAGUUUCUUCCUAUGGAGGCGGACUGUGAGCCGGGCUGCUGGAGCUUCCUGCCUGGACUGAAGGCGUACAGAAGAAAGAAAUCGGACAUGGCAUACAAAAGAUGUGUAUUAGACAGUCCUGCAGUUACUCAAGCCAGUUAUGUAGCAGGUGCAAAGAAGCAUGUUGGCUACAGAAGCGGACUCAUGUAUUUAUCUCAAGAUAGUGGAUACAAUGAUUCUCUGAAGCCAUUUAGUCCAGACUCUGAAACUAGCAGCGACUCUUUAGAAACUGGCAGUCCAUCGGAAGACUAUGAGAACUCUGAAAAUGUAGAUCCUACUUUAGCAUGCUCUCCUAUCCGCAGAAUCAUCUUUGAGCCUGGAGCUUGCACCAGGAACAUUAGUCAGGCUACAGAAAUAUAUGAAACUCCAAGAGUUGCUAAGAAAGAUUUCUCAUUACGACGUAGACUCCUCCUUGUUAAGGCUACAUCUGGUGGAAAUCUGGAUUUUGAUGCAUCCGACAGUUCAUCUAAAGAUAUGGUUGGAAAAAAGACGCUUCAGAGGAUUCCUAGUUUUGAGGCAGGCCUUUACACCAAUUUUGUUGACUCUCCAAGAGAUGUUGCUUACGAACCAAUUGCUACAAGCACUUUAAAAAUUGAGACUGAGUCUAGCAUGUCUUGUAAGAAGUGGAGACUGAAUUUUGCUCUACAGAAGAGUUCCACCAUAGAUGAAUCUAAAGGUGACACUGUUCCUUUUCCAGAGGUAGUUAAUCUUUCACCAGUUCAGCACUCUACAGAAUCGACUGAUGGAAUUCUGAGCAUCAAUAAAGGAAACCUUACAGACUUGCCCACCACACCUCAACGCAGCUUAAUUUCAGAGGACAAAGUGUUUCAGACUCCUAUAAGUAAUCUUGCUGCAAGUUUUCGAUUUAAUCUAUGCACCCCAGUAACAGACCAAGAAAACUCCAUAACAGAGGACAGUGCUUUCCAUUCGCUCAGCCUGGAUAAGUCGCAAGACUCUAUAACUGAUCAUGAAGGCUCUUUUCAGGAACUUAUUCAGAAGCAAAAAGAAACCCCCAAAUCCACUCAUAAUAAAAGUAGACUGCGGAAACUGGAUCGGUGUAGGAGAUUGUCAACCUUGCGUGAGCGAGGCUCACAGUCAGAAGUUGAAGAGGAAGCUUAUAUCUUGAGUUCAUCGUACAAAUCAAAAAUGACAAGGAACUCUGUAACGGAAGAAUGUGAAUUCAGUUUUGAUGACAGCACAAACUCUGUCUUAAAAUUUGAGGAUUUAACAGGCACACCUGCCUUGCGAGUAGUUCGUGAGAUGAUAGUAAGGAGCACCCGAAAGAGGGCCCAACAGGCCACAAUGCAGGAACUCUUGGGCAGCCUGGACUGUUUAGAUGUGUCAGAUGAUGAUCUGACAAGACUCAUCGGCAGGAAAAUGGGCUUGGAGCAAAUAGAUAUUUUAUCCGAGCUAAAAAACAGAAAUUUGAAGCAUAUCAUAUCAAUUAUUUUUAAAGUUUUAAAUGUGGAAAGUAUUUGCAGCAUUUGGAAAGUCAGUAAGGAAUGGCGUGAAAUGGUGACUCAAGAUAAAGAUGCUUGCCAAAGAAGAAAAUUGUUCCUGAAAAAGCGAAGAGAUGAAGCCGAGGAAGGUUGGAUGCCAUCUGAAGAUGCUGCAACCAGAUUAAAUCUCCUUAACAGAUCUGUGCUGAAAUCCGUUCAAGCUCAAGCCAAAUCUAUAUGUCACACCCCAACUUCUUGUGGGCUUUUCACACCAAAAAACACUGCACCCGUUCCUCAGUCUGCUAGCAAACAACAAGAAUAUGUCAAGAUUGCCAAAACAUUAUUCACAGAUGAAGCUCUGAAACCGUGUCCACAGUGCCAGUACCCUGCAAAGUAUCAGCCACUGAAUAAGCGAGGAAAGUGCAGUAGAAAAGACUGUGGGUUUGACUUCUGCAUACUUUGCUUGUGUGCAUUUCAUGGUUCUAAGGAAUGUAGCAGUGGAUCAGGAAAACGUGUGCAUAAGAAAGAUGUAAUCCCUGGAAGUGCCAAGAGCAAGCGCAACUUGAAAAGGCUCUAAUUGUUGUUUUUUUGUUUUUCUUCACAUCCUUAAUUCAUUGCUUUCUGAAUGGACUGUUUUUAAGCCUUUUUUAGCACUUGUCUAACAAGGAUU